AUGAAUCUUACAGCAAUGAACCAAAGCGAUGUCUGUCAGGAAUAUUUGUGUCCAGAGAGAUCUGUUUCUUUUUCUGUCUAUGUGAUUCUGUAUGCGGCUGCAGCAGCUGUGUCUCUUCUGACCGUGUGUGGAAACCUGCUGGUCAUCAUCUCUGUUAGUCACUUCAAGCAGCUCCACACACCUGCAAACAUCCUCAUCCUCAUGGGAGUUUUUGUGAUGCCCUUUCAAUUAUCUUGGCUUAUUGAAUCAUGUUGGAUUUCUGGCCCCUUGAUGUGUUCAAUUUUCAGUUUUUUGACUUUUCAGGCACCAACUGUGUCUGUUCAUACUACUCUGAUAGCAGUUGAUCGGUUUUUGGCUUUAAGUUCUACUUUUCUUUACUCUGAGAAGAUCUCACCCAUUGUCAUCUGCAUAGCAACUUUAUUUAACUGGCUGUUUUCACUCCUUUAUAACUUUACUCUUCUUUUUGUUAAUGGAAACUUCACAGAUGUCAUGUGUCCAGGAAUAUGUAUUGCUGUUAUAGAUGGGGUUUCAUCUCUCAUUGAUCUCCUGUGUGUGUUUCUUAUGCCUUGUACACUCAUUAUAAUAUUAAACACUCAUGUUUUUGUCAUUGCUAAGAGACAUGCGACUGCUAUAAGAUCUCUUCAGAUUCACAACAGAACAGAAUCCUCCAAAAACAAAUCAGAGCGAAAAGCUGCCAUACUGCUGGGGAUUCUGGUCAUUGUGUUUCUCCUGUGUUUACUGCCGUAUUAUAUUUGUACUUUAGUGAGUUCACAUGACAUUGCUGACAGGUUUUAUGUCAGAAAUGUUGCUGUAAUAUUUUUCUUCUUGAACUCCACGAUUAAUCCCAUCAUUUAUGCUUUAUUCUAUCCCUGGUUUCAGAAAAGUUUGAAGUUAAUUUUCACAUUUAAAGUGUUGAAUAAAGACUCAUCCCUGAUGAAUUUGCUCUAA